AUGGAUCCAGGAGCCAGCAUGAUGGCCUAUGUGGUGGGCAGUACCCACAUCCCACAGGAAGCCACCAAGACGUGCAAUUGUCGUCCAAGCGUCAUCAACUUCUGCCCACGGACCCCCGACCUCAGCACGACCAUGGAGAUCAAACCUUUAGCCGUCACGAUGAAAGACAUGAAGUCUCUCACCAACAUCUUCUCCAGCUUCAACGUAGGCAGUACCAAGAAGCAUGCCAGAAAGAAGGCGAAGACUGCAAAAUGGCGGGAAACCAUUCGCGUCCACAAACAGACACGAGCUGAGAAGAAGCUGGUGCGCAAGCAGCAGAAGGCCGAUAAGACUGCGAAGCGCGAGGAGAAGUUGCAGCUGAAGUAUGGUGAGGCGUACGUCGACCCUUCGGACGUACUGCGGAAGGGAAGCAUUGUGGAGUCGAUGGACCUUGAGGAGAAGAAACACCAGUUUGAUGAGGACGACUACAAGGCCGACUCGAUUGCUGAGGGCGCCUCGGGGGAAGAUGCCGCUCUGACAGUGGUUCACCCGAUGGUCGUUGGUUGA